AUGGCUCAACAGCAUUACCAGGGCAAGCGCUUAGAUGGAAGUCCCUUUGAGAACCCCGACCUUGACAAUAUCUUUGUGCACGCCGGAAGACAGUCUAGGACUAACCCAGUUAGGACUUUGCUAGAGCGACUGGUUGGUGUGGACUUCGAUCCGAUAUGGUAUCAAGAUAGGACGAAAAGAGGCGCUUUCGGCAAUCCCGACAACGGGGAGUCUAUCAGGGAAUUUCUCUCCAGGUGGCUGUAUUUUCGAAGCGACAAAACAGAGGAUGGAGACUGGGGCCCGAUCAGGCCUCUUGGUAGAGGCGGCUACGGCACAGUCGGGCUGUGGCAAAAGCGGAACAGCCAGAACAGGAUCGUCGACGAAGUAGUGUGCAAAGAGAUGAGGCUUCCUACACUGCGUGACAAUCCGGAGAAUGGGUUUGAUCUCGAUGACUACGAGAUCGACCAUUUGAGCAACCGCAAACUCCUGACCGAGGCUGCCAUACAUCGCGAUAUCAACAUGCAGCAUCCAGGGAUUGCUCCACAUCUCCGCGGAUAUAAGUUUCUUCAAGACAACGGGCCAGGCACAGGCAGAUACCGAUUCUAUAUGGAGUAUUGCCCUAAUGGGAGCCUUGGGCGCAUCUGCAGCCUUUACCGAUGCUGGAACACUUUCUUGCCCGAGGUCUUUGUGUGGCACGUAUUCUACAGCCUUGCCCGGGCGUGUGAGGCGCUGCGGGACACUCCGCCCGCUGACAGCAAGAUGCUGCAGUGGCCUAGAACCCGGGGCGAGGACUACGCCGACAUCAGGGAGAACCUUUACUGCCUGCACAUGGACGUGAAACCGGUGAACUUCCUCCUUGGCUAUCCGCAUGAAGGACAAGAAUAUCCAGCUGCGCUGCUGAAUGACUUCGGCGCAUCGGCAUACACCUCUUACAGUGGAGAUGGGCCUAUCAAGAAUCCGACGGACCUGUUCUGGCGAGGAACCAAAGAAUAUUAUCCCACGGAACAAUCUCAUUAUGGGGUGAAUUGGGAUAUUCCACCCGAUGGUGGCCGGCUCAGAAAUCAGGACGAAGAUGGUGAGAAGCUUGACGCGCAAGCAGCAUAUCAGCGACGUAAGGAGGACAACAAAGAUUUCCCCGAAGAUGUGAUCUUUGAGCAUGCCUUCAAUAUAUAUGGAGUUGGGCAGACAAUGUUCGAGCUGGUAACGCUCGUGUCCGAUGAAAGGCAUCUCAAGAAGAUCCGUGCAGACACGCUCGAGAAGUUUCGCGCGAACGGCAACCAUCAGAUCACAGAAGCGGACGUCGAUUCGACGCCACCAGGCUUUUACACCCAUCAGCUUCGCCAUCUGGUUUAUCGCUGCCUGGACCCUAAUCCGGCGAACCGCCCCACGCAGCUUGAGCUCAUGGAUCGUACACACGAAGGCCUCCAGUUGGCGAUUGAGCGCGCCGGAGGUUGUCUCCCCAAAGUAUACUUUCGUGACCAUGAGAUCAACGAGAUGCCCUUGGGAAAUGCCGAUCUGGACGCCGCACCGCAAGAUUUCACGGACUUGAUCAGAAGCGAGUUCGUCAAUCCUGACCUUCCCAAACUGAAACUUCCGCCGCACAAAUACAGGGGAAUCGCGAGCGCUUUAGGAUAUCCAAGCUGGAAGAGCUUUUAUCGCCGGGUGAAUCCGCAUAAACGGUGGUUUCAACCGGUCGGUGCGCCCCCGGACGCCGAUCCACCUGAGGAGACGGACGACGACGACCACGACGACGUAGACGAGGAGAACUCUUCCACCAAACCGAUGCAUCCGGAAGGAAAUUCCCAGAACAAUGAUGUAGAGUCCGAUGAUGAGGAAGACCAAGGGCCGAGACCAGCUCGCACGCCACCACCGAGUAAAGCGGAGCAGGAAAAGCGAUCGAAGAUGUUGCGACUACUUAUAACUCAACGACAUGGUGUCUUCCUCAACGGAAAGGACGCAAAAAGGCUUCUAGGAAAGAAUGACUGGUAUGUCGAGCGCGCGGCUCAAGCUUAUGCGAGACUCCGAGGUGCUCCCUCAAAGCAGGCCGAGAAUGAAAAUGGCAAAGACGAUGACAGCAAUGGCAGCGAUCACGGCCCCAGUGAGGAUAGGCAGGUGGGUGCAGGACUGGGUCAAGGAGGAGCGCCGCCCUUAGUCGGCGCAGGAUCUACAUCGCAAGGUAAGAAUCCCUUACCAGACCGUCGAGCAGGCCACUACCGUCACAAAGCCACACAUACUAACCAUCACAUUGCAGCCCCUCACUCCGGAAGACCACGCUUCUCAACACCACGCACGCAAGGGCCAGACGCUCGAAUCGAUGAAUUGCGACGCCGCGUGCAACAUGUCGCCGUGGCGCAUGACCCGCCGAGAGUGUUCCUGACCGCCCGUGCCCGUCUCGCGCUGUAUUUGGAAGCCGCACAGAACGAUGUCGACGCAGCAGAACGUCUCUGGCUAAGUGAAUAUGAGCGGAGAUACGGCGGCGGAACUGAAGAGUCCGAAGCGUCCGAAGCUCCCGCGUCUCAAGACAACAAUAGCACCGACAACGAGGAUACUCUCGUGACGGAGCUGAGACGACGCGUCCAACAUCUUGUCGCCGACAAGCCUCCGAGACAGUAUCUCAUCACUGACGAUUGGCUCAGACAGGUUCUGGGCCGGCGACAGGGCGAUCUCCACCUCGCGGAACAGCUCUGGUUACGCGACUACAUUCGGCUCUACGAAAGGGGCGGAAGUGUAGAAAGUUCGGGAAGAUCGACUCGUCAAGCUGGCAGCCUAGGCCGGGACGUGGGCGAAGACGAAGACGACGGUGGUGAAGAAUCCACAACUCCUAGCCCAGAGGCAGGGCGCACAACCUACAAAGCGAAGGAUGACAAGGGGAAGGCGAAAGCUACUACGCAAGCUAAGCCGAAGCCAGGGCCCAAGCCCAAAGGGGAGCCCAAAGGGGAGCCCAAAGGGGAGCCCAAAGGGGAGCCCAAAGGGAAGCCUCAACAGAGAGCCACGCGGCAAGGGAAAAGAAAAGACCCCGAGGACGAUGAUGACGACGAUGAUGACGACGCCGCCGCCGCCGCCGCGGCGCUUCCACCACGGCGGAGCCAGAGGGUAGCUAAACGGCAGAAGAAGUGA